AGGCGGCGGCGAGUGAGCGGCCGGGCCAUGGUGGACCACUUGUGCAGAAUGUGUUGGUUCGCGCUGGGCAUUCUGCUGCUGUCUCUGGUCGUGGCCGCGCCUCCUCCCAUCAAUAAACUGGCGCUGUUUCCUGACAAAAGUGCCUGGUGUGAAGCAAAGAACAUCACCCAGAUAGUUGGCCACACUGGCUGUGAGUCAAAGUCCAUCAAGAACAGAGCUUGCCUUGGCCAGUGUUUCAGCUACAGUGUGCCCAACACCUUUCCACAGUCCACUGAAUCCCUGGUACACUGUGACUCCUGCAUGCCAGCACAGUCGUUGUGGGAAAUUGUGAAGCUGGAAUGCCCGGGGAACGAGGAAAUGCCCAGAGUGGACAAGCUCGUGGAGAAAAUCGUACACUGCAGCUGCCAGGCGUGUGGGAAGGAACAGCAUCAAGAUUCCCAACUUUUCAACGGGAUUUUAAACGAGGAGGAAGCACCCCCGGGAAUGGUUGAAACUCAACAGAUCAUCCACCACGAGAAAGAAAUCGCCCUCAAAUCCGCCAGAGACGAAGCCUAAUAAAACGGACAUUUUAAUAGAAAAAUAGCGGUAUAAAAUUUCAGUUUGUUUUAUUUGCUGAGGUCUUAGAAGAAGGAAAAAAAUCAAAGUGUAACAAUUUAAAAAAAAAAACCCAUGCAGACUUAUUUAAAGAGAAAGUCUUUAAAAAGUAACAUUUGUUGUAGAAAUCCCAUUCAGAUAAUAAUAUAUACUUCACCGAGGCCCAGCAAAGUAUAAUUUGAAUUUGAUGAUCAGUGUUGAGUUCACGAAACCAGUAAUCAUGUUUGUAAGCCACAGUCUGUAGCCGCUCCAAACACAUAACUGUUUGUAUAUAAUAUUAUACUUUGUAAAUCUCUGUCAACUUUUAUUUUCCCAAAUCUUUGCAUUUAAUUUUCUGAUCAUCAUGUUUCUGGACAAGUAGAGGGAGAAACAACAGGGUGAUUAACAUUGGGGGGGGAAAUAAUAGAAUCACAGCCAGAAGGAUGGAGGGUUAGAGCAACUAACACAGAGGGUGAGAUACUGACAUCAGAGAGCCUCUCUCACAUACACAUGCACAAUGACAUACACAUACACAUACACAUAGACAUACACAUGCACGAUCGUUUGCUGAACACCCUCGCUCAGUCCACCUGACAUUACCUGAUCUCCCGGUUGCCAAACACUUUAAUUCUCCUUCCCAAUCCUACACAGACCUUUCUGUCCUAGGUCUCCUCCAUUGUCAGGGUGAGACUAGAUGCAAAUUGGAGGAACAGCAUCUCCUAUUUCACAUGGGCUGCUUACAACCCAAUGGUAUGAAUAUUGAUUUCUCUAACUUCAGGUAGCCCCGGCAUUCUGUCUCUCUCUCUAUCCCUCCCCCACCCAAGUCGCACCAGCUUCUCGUUCUCAACCAGCAAGCAGCUAACAAUGGCCUGUUCCCUUUAUCAUUGUUACUUGUUUGCAUAUCUUUCAUUCAUUGUUCUUUAUCUGGCUACAUAAUUGCCUGUAUCUCUCGCUUCCCUUACCCCUAACCAGUCUGAAGAAGGGUCUCGACCCGAAACGUCACCCAUUCCUUCUCUCCAGAGAUGCUGCCUGUCCCGCUGAGUUACCCCAGUUUUUUUGUGUCUAUCUUCGGUUUAAACCAGCAUCUGCAGUUCCUUCCUGCACAUAUACAAAGGCAGACAGACCCAGCACCAGGGAGGAUGCGUACACUCACAUCGAUCAAAUACACCAGCAGGAAUGUCCCUCUGUGAAACGAUGUAUUGAUGGGUAAGGGUUGGAAACUGGGGGACAGUUUGUAAAUCAUUCUCAUCUUGUUUAUAACAUUGUGCUCUUCCGCUCAAAUUCUGUACCUAUAUAUUUUCUUUUUGUAAACUGUUGGAUUAAAUGUUGAUGUAUCAUA